GAGUGAAUGAUGUACACAUAUCUCAUGCUAGUAGUCAUUUGGGAAGUAUGGUGGCAAUAACAGCAGAAAAAAAGGAGUGAGACCUAGUGACAGCAUGUCUGUGAUGCCAUGGGGCGCCAGUCUCGCCCAUCUGUGGAGAGCCCCGGGUAACCCUGUGGUGCUUCAGUGUGUUAAACAGGACACCCAGCAUGUAGGAGAAAAUGUCAGUGGGUUCCGACGCAGGAUCCCAGUACAUGGAGACUGGCUUCUUUUCAUGGCUGAAGCUCAGCAUGUAAACAGUUAAUCCCGAGUGCAGUGGGCUUGGUUUGCUUCUAGGAUUUCUGCCUCCGAGUGUUGAACCGCUACAGAAGGAAGAUGGCGACGGAGGGAGCGAGUGGGGAUGAGUCUCCGAUACAAAUUAUAGCGACGUCGAGCCAUGGAAGCCCUGACAGGAAAAGCGAUUUUGACAUGGAUAACUUAAGCAGACCAGAACUGCUCACACUUCUUAGCAUCAUGGAAGGGGAACUCGAAGCCAGAGAUCUUGUAAUUGAAGCCUUAAGAGCACGAAGGAAAGAGGUGUUUAUCCAGGAGCGAUAUGGAAGAUUUAGUCUUGGAGACCCUUUCCUGGCUUUGCAGAGAGACUAUGAGGCAAGUGCUGGAAUUAAAGAGAAGAAAUCCAUAUGCUCCAGUCCUAUUCAAAUUCUUGAAGCUAUCAUGGCUCAUUGCAAAAAAAUGCAAGAAAGAAUGUCCGCACAACUGGCAGCUGCAGAAAAAAGACAAAAUAAGCUGGAAAUGGAAAAAUCAAGCCUACAAUCUCUUCAGCAAGAGCACAAAAAACUGUCACUUCAGCUUGAAGAAGAACGUACCAAGAAUAAGCAUAUUGUUAUAAUGCUAGUGAAUGAGUGUAAACAACUUGCUAGUAAAAUUGUAGAAGAAACACAGAAAAUGGAAGAAGCCAUGGUAACUUUAGAAGAGGAAAAGAAAAAAACGUGUGAGCUGGAGAAUUCUCUGGUUUCUGAAAAGCAAAAAAGUGCCCAAAUGGAGGCACAGAUGGAAAAACAGCUCUCAGAAUUUGAUACUGAACGGGAACAAUUGCGAGCCAAACUUAGCCGAGAGGAAGUGCGUGCUGCAGACCUCCGGGAAGAACUGAACAAUAUGAAAAAAAUAAUUGAGCAGCUGAAAAUUGAAAAUGAAAUGAAAACAAAACUACCUGUUUCUAAAAUAAAUCAAGACAAGUGCUUUACUUCUGUAGCCGUAGGUACAGAAGUACCAUCUUUACAUUCAUUCGGUUGUCAGACAGAUGCAAUUAUAGUUGACAGUAGUUUUGACAGUGUAAAACGGCCGCUAUUGACUGCACCAGUUAAGCCUUCUACUGUGAAUCCUCUGAUGAUAGGAAACAUAAAAGUUAAUCCAUCUUCAAAUAUGGCAUAUGUGAAACCUUCUUGUCACGACUCUCAUGCUGUCCUACCUACAAUGCAGGUAACGCCACCUAACCAACAUAGGCUGGAAGAAAAUGGAACAAGUAUUGCGUCUUCAUCAGAUUUAAUUAAUUCACCAUAUUUUCCAGCUAGUCCUGUGUUUUGCUCACCUCCAACAUCAGUGACAGCAUCUUCAGCAUUUACUCCAACAGCACACGCAACUUCUCAGAGUUUGCAUUCACCGAGUGCCAGCGGUUCAGCGCAUCCAGUAGUGAGUCCAAGAGUGCAGGCUGCUCGAUACAAAUUUCAAGGCAAUGUUAAUGAGUAUGACCAAAAUGGAACUGGUAGCCAAAGUCCUCCAUCAAGAGAUUUAUCUCCUUCUAAUCGUGAUCAUAUGGCUGCCAAACAAAUUGCACGGAAUACAGUAACACAAGUACUGUCAAGGUUUACUAGUCCUCAGGGAGGUAGUACACUGAGGCCUGGAGUGCCUCAUUCUGGAGAAGGAGGGGCUCAUUCACCAACUGGCACCAGACUAGUUCAUCCACCAGGAACUUCAAAAUCUCCAACAGUGACAAGAGUUGACAGAGGAAAUCCUCCACCCAUUCCCCCCAAAAAACCAGGACUGUCACAGACUCCUUCUCAUCCACAUCCACAGUUAAAAGUUAUCAUGGAAGGGAGUCGUUCUCAAACUGGUGGAUUAAAAAUUGAAAACAAAGUUGUAACGUCUCCUUCUUCUGGUUCUUCUCAAGGAAAUAGGGUAGCAAAUGAAGACAUUAGCUCUAAGCCGGCUCCCUCUAAGUUGCCACCCAAGCCAACUCUUGAUAUACCUGUGGCUUCCACUGGUUGUGCUAUAACAGCCAUGGCCACAUCUCAGGUGGGUGCUUGGCCUCCCUCAUCCCCUGGACUGAACCAGCCUGCAUGCUCCGAAAGUUUCCCUGUCAUUUCUACCACCACCUCCACCACCACCUGUAGCUCCUUCAUAAACCCUGUUAGUGCUUCAUCCUGUAGACCAUGUGAUUCAGACAGCCUUCUGGUAACAGUUUCAGGCUGGUCUUCCUCCCUAACCCCUUCCCUAACAAGUGGUGGUCCUGCCCCCCUGGGUGACAGGCCCACCCUUCUUCAGCAAGCUGCUGCCCAGGGAAAUGUCACUUUAUUAUCAAUGCUGCUUAAUGAAGAAGGAAUGGAUAUUAACUACAUUCAUGAAGACAGUUUUCCUGCUUUGUAUUCUGCUGCUAAGAAUGGACACACAGAUUGUGUGGAGCUGCUUUUGAGUGCAGGGGCACAUGUCGAUGUAACUGAUAAGAAUGGACUUACACCCUUGAGCAUUUCUGCUGCACAUGGGCAUUUCAGAUGUCUAGAGUUACUGAUCGAUCACAAUGCUGAAGUUAACCAUCCUGCUUCUGGAGGACAAACACCUCUCUAUUUUGCCUGUGCAAGUGGGAAUAAUGAAUGUGUACAACUCCUACUGGAAGCUGGAGCACACCGGGAUAUUCUAACUAAUGAUGGAUGGACACCAAUUCAUUCAGCUGCUUAUUUUGGGAAUGCUGACAGCCUCAGACUUCUCAUGCACUAUGGAGCUGUAAAAAACAGUAGUGUCAUUUUAGAGAAUGAAGAUACAGCAUCUGAAGUGGAACCAAUCAUUUCUACUGAGCUCCUGAAUUAUCCUAACAAAGACGGAUGGACUGCGGCCCAUAUGGCAGCAUCAAAGGGCUUUAAGGACUGCUUGGAAAUCUUGUGUGGUCAUAUUGAAUUAGAUACUGAAAGGAGAGAUAACUGGGAUCGUACAAUACAUGACGUGGCUACUGAUGAUUGUAAACAUCUGCUAGAGAAGCUGAAUCAUCAUAAAGUACUUCUGAAAGUUUCACUGUGUGCAGUGGAACAUAUCUGCUGUGGCGUGGAACAGUCGGAAUCUGAAAUUGCAAUUUGCACUUUAAAUAUAUAUAAACAAACAAGCUGGCAUGAUCUCCAUAUGGCUCUGAGUGAUGCAGUAAUGUCCCAUUUCAGGACUGUUUUUGAUGGAUGGGGAACAACAGAGGAAUCAGCCUUUAAUAACACUGCAGAGUCCAACACUGAUCUCACAGGAACCGUUUUUGCAUCAGCCAGAAUAGGAAAUACUUUAUGGUUUCCUGGUACAAACAUGGAAUUUUCUGUGUGGGAUUUGUUGAAGAAAGACAAAGUAGGCUGCAUAACCAUGUUCUUGUCUGGUCUGCAAGAAGGCUGUCCGAGUGGUUUGGCUUAUGCAUCACUGAUCCCCCUUCAGACUCUUCAGAACUACCUCCGACUGGUCGAACAGUAUCAGAAUGUUAUUUUCCAUGGUCCAGAGGGAAGUCUACAAGAUUACAUAGCAUACCACAUAGCUCUCUGUCUAAAGCAAAAGCAGGAAGUGGCUGGAUUCAGCUGUGAAAUAGUUAAAAUUGAAGUUGAUGCUGAGUUCCCAAAAGAGCAACUACUGAAAGUUUUCAUAUGUAGUGGAUUCCUUACAUCAGUAAAACAACUUACUGGGAACAGGAGAGUAAUUGUCAUAUUGCAGAAUCUGGAAAAAGCAUCUUGCCUGUCUGAGUUUUUGGGAGACUUUUUGGCACCUCUAGAGAACCGUGGAGUUGGAAAUUCCUUUACACUGCACCAUGUUCAUGGUGUAUCAGAUGCAUACCAUUUCCAAGAAAACAGCUACUUAAUUGGAACUGUUGCAAAGUCACAUCUGCACGGAUCUGAUUUGCUAGUGCAACAGCACUUCCGCUGGGUUCAGUUAAGAUGGGACAGAGAGCCCAUUCGUAACAUCCUUGAACGACACCUGAAAAGAAAAGUCAUAAAUAAGUUCAAAGGCAAGAUGCCUCCUCCAUCUGAUCCAGUCCUUAAAAUUGUCAAGUGGAUUUGUGCAGUUUGGCAUCAGAUAAAUUCCUGCUUGUCUCGUUUAGGCACACCAGAGGCACUUAUAGGCCCAAAGGAUUUCCUUUCUUGUCCUAUAGUGCCAGGGCAAGUUCAGAUUACCACAAAAUGGAUGACAAGGCUGUGGGAUGCUGUCAUUGCGCCUCGUGUUGAAGAAGCAGUUCUAAGAGCCUCUACAAUGAGAAGCCCUGUACUCGGAAGGUCACCUGUCCAUCUGAAUCUCAGCCAUGGACAGCAGGCACUAGUUAAAGCUGCACUUUGUAUCCUUCUCAACAAAGCAGUUCUACACGGCUGCCCACUUCCCAGACCAGAACUGGAUCUUUAUGCAAAAGAGUUCCAUGGAGGGCAUUUUAAUAUGUCUGUGAUCUCAAACCACAAAUCUGACAGUAAGAAGAAAGGAGAUGGUAGUUCUUGGAGGAAAGCAAGCACAACUCCUCGGAAGAAACUCAAGGGCUUACAGUCAUGGAAUUCCCAAGAGAAGCACAAUGAAGAUGCAAAUCCAACAAUGGACUUCCAGAAGCACUGCAAGAAGAUCAUGUCAAUGAAACAAACAAAUGUAGAUGUUCACCAUCCAAGGGUAAUGGACUUGAAGCGGACAUUAUCUGUAGACUCAGAUGAUGAUAUUGACCUAAUUGAAGAAUUACAUAGUAUGUGUUCCAGUAAAUCAGAGCCUGAUAUUAGCAAGAUUGCAAAUGCCAGCAAUGACUUUCUAAUGGUCUCAGACCCUCAAAAUGGUUCCAUGCUCUCAGGAAAACAUGAAAAUGCAUCUUCAUCUGUUAUGCUACAGCAGAGUGGCGUGUGUCCUCCUAGUAGUUGUGAAGUGACAACAUCUAACAAGAGCAGAAUUUUAAAUGCAUCCAGCUCUGUUAGGGUGAAGUCCCAUCUUCCUGUACCCCUGACGAAAUCCAAGCAGCACCAGAAUGUGAUACGCAGAAGAAUUAAUAGCAGCAGUAAUACAAGGCAGAAUGAGAUAAAUAACAAUGCAGAAGACAUUUGACACUUGCACAACAAUGUAAAUCACGAGAAUCCCAAUGCAUACAGCUGCCUAAAAUUUCAGAACACUUUUUUCUUCAUCUACACGUUGUACAAAGAAAUUAAAAUAUUUGAAUAUGUAAUUAUAUUAAGUAAUUAUUCCCCUGUAUUAUACUGUAUAUUUGGGACCACAGUUUACUUUUGUAUUAAAUAUUCAGAUGUUUUUGCUAAGAAUAUAUAUCUAUUUUUGUUUUUUUUUUUUUUGGUUUGUUUUGACUAAAUGGCAAGGAAUGUUCAGUUUUGCCAAAAUAUCUUAUGUAAAUGACUUAUUGCGUGAUGAAGUAAUAGUAAACAUUUUGUUAGUGAUUGUGUGCAGAAUGAAUACCAGAUACCUGUAUAUACAGACCUGUAUAUACUGUGUGCAUAUAUAGCUAUAUAUAAAUAUGUAAAUGUAUAUAUACAUACAUUUUAACUAAAUGACACUUAGGGAGUCUGUUGUACACACAGAGUUUAGUGUGACGUUUGUGUGUACAACACUGAUGUAAUACUGAUGUAUAUAAUACCGUUUGUAUUAUUAAGAAGGUGUUUCAUUUAUCUUCACUUGUUACAAAGUGAAUGGAUUGUGGCAAUAAAUAACACAGAGUUGAAAACAUAGAACUUUUCUUUCAAAUAUUACAAGCCAUAAUAAACAUUUUGAUUAUCUGCCGUCUACUUAAUUUACGGUUAGCUCUUGCAGUUCACCGGUUAAGUGAAAGUGCACUUUUUUCCUGCUCUGGCUGACCUUUUUCUUUCAACUCUGUAUAUCACUUCCACUAACUUAGAAUCUAUUAUAUAUUUUAUGUAUGUGUGUAACACACAGUGGCCAGGUAAUGUAUUUUCUUCUGAUUCAGUUUAUUAAGAUGACUGACACAUUUCCUGAGCACUGCAUACUUUUUGAUGUCUUUGAUUUUUUUUUUUGUUUUUGUUUUUUGCUGUUGUUUAGAAUAUUAAAAUUAUUUGUUUUU